AUGCAAAUCUUGUUAGACAUCAGAGAACUCACACAGGAGAGAAACCAUUCUCAUGUUCUGAAUGUGGAAAAUGUUUCAUUACCAAAGACCACAUUGUCCGUCAUCAGAGAACUCACACAGGAGAGAAACCAUUCUCGUGUUCUGAAUGUGGAAAAUGUUUUGUAACCAAAGCAGAACUUUUCCGUCAUCAAAGAACUCACACAGGAGAGAAACCAUUCUCGUGUUCUGUAUGUGGAAAAUGUUUUGUAACCACAGCCGACCUUCUCCGUCAUCAAAUAACUCACACAGGAGAGAAACCAUUCUCUUGUUCUGUAUGUGGAAAAUGUUUUGGGCGACAUUCAAAACUUGUCAGUCAUUACAUAACUCACACAGGAGAAAAACCAUUCUCAUGUUCUGAAUGCGGAAAAGGCUUCAUUACCAAAGCAGAUCUUGUCCGUCACCAGAGAACUCACACAGGAGAAAAACCAUUCUCAUGUUCUGAAUGUGGAAAAGGCUUUAUCACUAAAGCAGAGAUUGUCCGUCAUCAGAGAACUCACACGGGAGAGAAACCAUUAUUAUGUUCAGAAUGUGGAAAAGGCUUCAUCGCCAAAGCAGAUCUUGUCCGUCAUCAGAGAAUUCACACAGGAGAGAAACCAUUCUCAUGUGCUGAAUGUGGAAAAUGUUUUGUCCAAAAUUCAGCGCUUGUCCGUCAUCUGAGCACUCACACAGGAGAGAAACCAUUCUCAUGUUCUGAAUGUGAUAAAUGUUUUGUCACCAAAGCAGAACUUCUCCGUCAUCUGAGAACUCACACAGGAGAGAAACCAUUCUCAUGUUCUGAAUGUGGAAAAUGUUUUGGGCGGCAUUCAAAACUUCUCAGUCAUCACAUAACUCACACAGGUGCGAAACCAUUCUCAUGUUCUGAAUGUGAAAAAUGUUUUGUCACAAAUGCAGAUCUUGUCCGUCAUCAGACAACUCACACAGGAGAGAAACCAUUCUCAUGUUCUGAAUGCGGAAAAGGCUUCAUCACCAAAGCAGAUCUUGUCCGUCAUCAGAGAACUCACACAGGAGAGAAACCAUUCUCAUGUUCUGAAUGUGGAAAAGGCUUCAUCACCAAAGCAGAGAUUGUCCGCCAUCAGAGAAUUCACACAGGAGAGAAACCAUUCUCAUGUUCUGAAUGUGGAAAAUGCUUCAUCAGCAAAGCAGAGAUUGUCCGCCAUCAGAGAACUCACACAGGAGAGAAACCAUUCUCAUGUUCUGAAUGUGGAAAAUGUUUUCUCACCAAAGCAGAACUUCUCCGUCAUCAAAGAACUCACACAGGAGAGAAACCAUUCUCAUGUUCUGAAUGUGGAAAAUGUUUUAGGCAGCAUUCAGAACUUGCCAGUCAUCAGAGAACUCACACGGGAGAGAAACCAUUCUCCUGUUCUGAAUGUAAAAAAUGUUUUAGGGGUCACUCAAGUCUUGUUAGCCAUCAGAGAACUCACAGGAGAGAAACCAUUCUCAUGA